UGCGGCCUCGUAGCAGCAGCUCCGUCCGCACUCGGCGUCGCAGCAUCUUCGAUUGAAGUGUGUGAUUACACCACUGCAGCCAUUAUUACCAUUUUCAUCCAAUCCGAAAACUGAACACCCCUAAUUGGCUGAAACCCAACACUACAAAGAAAAAGAAGCAGGAGGCAAAAAGCGCGACUUCACCGGCUCGACUAGUGCUCUCCCUAUAGCUCCACCCCCUUGGCAAAGACUAAGUCGCAGCAAUGGGCGAACGCUCCACCAAGAAGUUCAAGGUCGUCCUAUUAGGCGAAGGUCGCGUGGGUAAGACGUCCAUCCUGCUACGUUACAUCAAGGGCGAAUACGACGAACGGCAGGUGUCGACACUACAGGCCUCAUACUUGGAUAAGCGACUGCUCGUGGAUAAUCGUCGUGUGGCGCUCUCGCUCUGGGACACAGCGGGUCAGGAACGUUUCCACGCCUUAGGCCCCAUCUACUACCGCGACGCUGAUGGAGCUCUGCUGGUGUACGAUAUCACGGACGCCGAGUCUUUCCGCAAAGUCCGCACGUGGGUGCGUGAACUGCGACGUAUCGUGGGGGACGACAUCUCUAUUUGCAUCGCCGGUAACAAGAGCGAUCUGCAUCGUAACCGGAAGGUUCCUGAGGACGAGGCCAAGCGCUACGCCGAGUCGGUGGGCGCUGCACACUUUGACACGUCCGCUAAGCUCAAUCGCGGACUAGAAGAUGUGUUUGUGGAGCUCACACGUCGCAUGUUGAGUCGUACGCGCGGCAAGAAGAAGAAAGGAAGCGCGUUGAUUGCCGAUGACGAUGACGAGGAUGACGAGCCGUUGGCUAAACCUCCGACCAGCAAGGCACGACCGCAGCCACAGACGCAACAGGCGCAGCAUAUGCAGACGCAGUCACAAGUGAACAGAACAGAGGAAGUGCCCAGAAGUCGCGGUGGAGGGAGGGGACAACCGAUUCAAAUUGUGGAGGAUGACGACGUCGGAUUCAGUCCAGGGGCGUCGAGAAGUAGCGGACUGAGAGUGAGAGGAGCUACCCACGUGGACACUGGCAAGGCCAAGAGCGGCUGUUGCUGAUGUAGGAGAGAAGUGGAGAUUCUUUUUUUUUGAAAGGAGUGCAAAGAUGAAGAGGAGAGUAUGGACCGAUGAAAAAAAAACAAGAAUGCAUAUUGCUUUUUAGGCUUUUGUGAACGCGGGGAUUGUUGCGAGCUGUACUGCGCAUUUCAUGUUCAAGUACUCGACAUAGAAGAGGAGGCUCAACAAGAUGGCCGUGUUGGAGCAAGCGAGUUGAAGGACCAGGCAGUAUCUGGUUCGCACGAAGGUGCCGGUCUGCAUCAAUCUGGGGCCGUCUUUUAUUCUGUCCAAUAUCAACUAACACUGCUGCAAAUACUACUUCUACACUAAGAAAUUGAAAGAAGCUAUAAAACACAAAAAAAGAGGUUCUAUCAAGGCCUUAGGUGGCAGUAAGGAACGUUGUUGGUAAAAUAUCUGCCAACUGACCACCAGCAGCAACAGCCAAAAAUUAUGGCACUAUCUUGGCUUGCAGUGAAGUCAGCGGCGUAUGUACUGUCAGAAAUUGGUUGCUCUAAAGAACACAUAAUAACAACCACGCCGACCAUUACAAUUAGUUACCCUGGAGACUCCAGUGGAGUAGGUGCUACUGCACUUAGCAACAGGGACUCGUGUCGUCAAAGAAUCAAGACACAAUCAAAACAAUGACAC